AUGGCUGAAGAUAGUUACACGCGCGAAGAGGAUAAUUACGAGGACGAAGAGCUUGACGAGACCAGCUUCAAAUCAGUGAAAGAUGCGGUGCUCUUUGCUAUAGACAUUAGCAGCUCGAUGCUCACACCUCGUCCAUCGCCUGAUCCUAAGAAACAUGGCGACGAAUCACCCGCAUCUGCAGCUUUGAAGUGUGCAUACCAUCUGAUGCAACAGCGCAUCAUCUCCAACCCUCAUGACAUGAUUGGCGUUUUACUUUAUGGAACCCAAUCUUCCAAGUUCUAUGAUGAAAAUGAGGAAGACCGCGGAGAUCUGUCAUAUCCCCACUGUUAUCUCUACACAGAUCUUGAUGUCCCAUCGGCCCAGGAAGUCAAGCAACUGCGGUCUCUCGCAUCUCCAGUAGAUGCUGAUGAUGACGUGCGGCAGGUCUUGGAGCCAUCAAAGGAGCCAGUGUCGAUGGCUAAUAUGCUGUUCUGCGCCAACCAAAUCUUUACCUCGAAGGCUCCAAACUUUUCAUCCCGGCGGUUGUUUGUUGUGACCGACAAUGACAAUCCUCACGCAGACAAUAAGGGAAUACGGUCUGCUGCAACAGUCCGCGCAAGGGACUUGUACGAUCUUGGUGUCAACAUCGAGCUGUUUCCCAUCUCUCAGCCAGGCCACGAAUUUGACACCUCCAAAUUCUAUGAUGACAUUAUCUACAAAACAUCGCCCAGUGAUGGAGAUGCCCCUGCAUACCUACAGCCGGACACCAAUAUAUCGACAGCCAAGGGUGACGGGCUCUCAUUGCUCAAUUCUCUAUUGUCUAGCAUCAACUCGAGAUCUGUCCCCCGCCGCUCGCUGUUUUCAAAUGUACCCCUUGAGAUCGGACCUGAUUUCAAGAUCUCCGUCAAUGGAUAUUUGCUCCUCAAAAAGCAAGAGCCUGCCAGGAGUUGCUUCGUCUGGCAAGGAGGCGAAACUGCCCAGAUUGCCAAAGGCGUCACAACUCUAAUGUCCGAUGCUACAGGUCAGGAGAUCGAGAAGACUGACGUUCGAAAGGCAUACAAGUUUGGUGGUGAGCAGGUUUCAUUCACCAUCGAAGAACAACAGGCUCUAAGGAGCUUCGGUGACCCUGUGAUCCGUAUCAUUGGAUUCAAGCCACUGUCCACCCUCCCAUUUUGGGCCAAUGUCAAACACCCCUCCUUCAUCUAUCCCUCCGAAGAGGAUUACAUUGGCUCAACACGGGUCUUUUCUGCACUGCAGCAGAAACUCCUCGAUUCCGAGAAACUGGCUUUAGUUUGGUUCAUCCCCCGCAAAAAUGCCUCACCAGUCUUGGCUGCUAUGAUUGCUGGGGCUGAGAAGAUUGACGAGAAUGGUGUGCAGAAAAUCCCACUUGGGAUGUGGAUUAUCCCUCUUCCUUUCGCAGACGAUGUGCGCCAAAAUCCAGAGAGCACCGUCCACCGUGCAGGGGACGCGCUGAAUGACGCUAUGCGCGAUGUUGUUCGCCAGUUGCAGCUUCCUAAAGCUGUAUAUGAGCCUUCGAAAUAUCCGAACCCCUCACUUCAAUGGCAUUAUCGUAUCUUACAGGCUAUCGCCUUGGACGAAGAUUACCCGGAAUCACCAGACGACAAGACUGUGCCUAAGUACCGACAGGUUCACAAGGUUGGCUGCUUCUAUGAUCCCCGAACUUUACCGGAAUUUACUGACCAAAUGCACGCUCAACCACAGCGCGCUGGCGACUAUAUUCUUAAAUGGGCCGAUGAGCUGAAAUUACAGGCCUCCGAGAUGUUUGGUGGGUCAGCAGCCACCUCUACGCUGGUAAAGCGAGGUGCAAAGACGGAGGCUGCUGGUGAUCACCCAGCAAAGCGGGUGAAGCUUGAAGACAACACCUCUGGAGUGGAAGCUGAGGUAAAGAAAUGCUACGAGAAGGGCACUGUUUCCAAGCUUACCGUGGUUGUGCUGAAGGAAUUCUUGCAUUCACAUGGCCGCGCUACAGCAGGGAAGAAAGCAGAUCUCGUAGAACGGGUUGAACAGUACUUUGAGAAAAAGUUUUGA